CGCAGGUGGUUGUUCAGCUCACGCGCCACAUUGAGGACCCUGACGACCUGCGCGCCACCGCGGUCGCUGCCGUAGCGCUGGGCUGCACGUGCUUCGGGCUGCUACAGCUGCUCUUCACGCAGCUGCGGCUGACGGCCUUCGUGCAGUACCUGCCUUAUUCCAUUCCGAUGGGCUUCCUCUCCGGCAUCGGCCUGGAGCUCUGCAGCGCUGUCGCCCUCGCGGGCGGCUACCCCUCCCAGGCCGCGGCGGCCGCAUUCGCUGCCGUGCUCUGCCUGGGGUCGUGGUGGCGCGGCUGGUCGCUGUCGGUGCUGUUCCCCGUGCUGCUGUCCACCUCCAUCACGGCCUUCUACGCCCUCGGAGGCCCGUCGUCGUGGCUCCUGGAGCUGGAAAGCGACUCCGACAUCACGGAGACCGCUUGGCUAUGGUCAGACGUUACUCUGGGCGCCGUUCACUGGAACCACCUCCUGUGGGUUGGCCCGCCCUGGCUGCUCGUCCUCUGCCUGCUGGGCUCCUUCCAGAACUGCCUGUUUGCCGAGCUUUACACCCGCAUGCCAGGGCUCGUCGACCCCGUGACCCCUGACCAGGUACUUUUCGAAUUCAGCCAAUCGUUCGCCCUCGGCGGAAUCCUCGGCUUCGCGGGCGGGUUCCACAACAUGGCUUGCAUCUCAUUGAGCCGAGAGUUGAAGAGCUACAGUCGAGCGCCCGCCAGCAUCGUGGCCUUCCUGUCGUGCGGCCUGUGGCUUGCGGGGCUCGGCCCCAUGUUGAAGGUUCCACGAUUCAUUUUCGCCGGCUUGUUGCUAUGGGUUGGCCUCAAGUUCCUGCGACAGUAUUUGUGGCGGCCAUGCCAGAUGCUCCCACGGGGAGAGGCGGCCGUCAUCGUUUUCGUUGCGUUGACGAUGAAGGUGGGGGGCUUCCCCCUGGGCGUGAUCGGUGGUCUCGUGCUUGCGCUGGCGCACAUGGUCGUCGACCAGG